AUGCCACCGUUGGUACUUGUCCUCUUGACUGAUGUUGAUGGUGAUGUUGAUGUUGAAGUUGAAGGGGAGGAUAAUGGUGAUGUUGAUGAAGUUGAAGUCCUCUUUAAGACGCUCUUUGGUGGUGUUGUUGUUGUUGCCGAUGAUGUGCGUACAGGGGAUUUCGAUUGA